GUUAGCAGUCGGGUGCCAGUCUGGUCCGUAGCCACGAUGGAUACAAUACCAUGGUUAUUGCUCGCCAUUCUAUUUAUUACAGGAAUACAAGAAAACAACGCUCUCCAAUGCCACUGUGAGCGUUGCAGUGCCAACUCGAGCUGUACAACAGAUGGGGUGUGUUUCGCUAAUAUCCGCAAGACAGGCACUCGGUGGACGACGGAGCUGCGCCAGUGUGUUCCCGAAAAGGAACUGUUCCCGCGGGAUCGACCCUUCAUCUGUGCCCAAUCCUUCAAGCAUGACACAGGCCUUUAUCCGAUUUGCUGUACCACAGAUUAUUGCAACAAGGACCCUGACCUUACCGCUUUUCCUGUUCCCACUCCAAAAACUCCAUCUCUGGGACCUGUAGCUCUAGCUGCAGUGAUUGCUGUACCAGUCUGUAUAUUCUGCUUGCUCCUCGUUUUGGCCUUCUAUGUCUGCCACAGCCACCGCGGGCUGGGGGCUGGUGGUGCUGGGGCUCACCAUCACCACCACCAUCGGGUGCCCAAUGAGGAAGAUCCCUCCAUGGACCACCCCUUCAUUACUGUUGGGACAACACUGAAAGACCUAAUUUAUGAUAUGACCACCUCCGGUUCUGGAUCAGGCCUGCCACUUCUUGUCCAGAGAACCAUUGCCAGGACCAUCAUCCUCCAGGAAAGUAUAGGCAAGGGGCGCUUUGGGGAGGUGUGGCGAGGAAAAUGGCGUGGUGAGGAAGUGGCUGUAAAGAUUUUCUCCUCUCGGGAGGAGCGGUCUUGGUUCCGAGAGGCUGAGAUCUACCAGACCGUGAUGCUGCGACAUGAGAACAUUUUGGGCUUCAUUGCCGCAGAUAACAAAGAUAAUGGAACAUGGACUCAACUGUGGCUUGUGUCUGAUUACCACGAGCAUGGCUCCCUGUUCGAUUACCUCAAUCGCUACACCGUUACCGUCGAAGGCAUGAUCAAGCUAUCUUUGUCGACAGCCAGCGGGUUGGCCCACCUCCACAUGGAAAUUGUCGGCACACAGGGUAAACCAGCGAUCGCCCACCGCGAUUUGAAGUCAAAGAACAUUCUGGUGAAGAAGAACGGAACCUGUUGCAUUGCAGAUUUAGGUCUAGCUGUUCGGCAUGACUCAGCUACUGAUACAAUCGACAUAGCUCCAAAUCACAGGGUGGGAACCAAAAGGUACAUGGCCCCAGAAGUACUAGAUGACUCCAUAAACAUGAAACACUUUGAAUCUUUCAAGCGAGCUGACAUCUAUGCCAUGGGAUUGGUCUUUUGGGAAAUUGCCAGUCGCUGCUCCAUGGGAGGAAUCCACGAGGACUACCAGCUGCCAUAUUAUGACCUGGUUCAGUCAGAUCCAUCAGUGGAGGAGAUGAGAAAAGUGGUUUGUGAGCAGAAGCUACGCCCUAACAUUCCUAACCGCUGGCAGAGCUGCGAGGCGUUACGUGUCAUGGCAAAGAUCAUGAGGGAGUGCUGGUAUGCCAACGGCGCCGCACGGCUAACCGCGCUGCGGAUCAAGAAGACCCUUUCACAGCUCAGCCAACAAGAGGGAAUCAAGAUGUAGACCGCAAACUACCAAACACACGCAAACACAUUUCUGACUAUCAUCCAUAUCAUUAGCAUUACAUCAUUUAUCAUCGAAAUUUUUCUUUUUUUUUCAUCUCUGGAUGAAGGGAAGUUCAGACAUUGUUUGCCCGGUUUUCUCUCUUUCUCACACUUAACUUGCCGAAUGGUGAGUUUUGCAUUAAGAGCUGAAGACGUGUCGGUGUGUUGCACAACCGAAUCCAUUAAUGGAUGGAUGGAUUGAUUGGUGGAUAAAUGGCUGAAUCUCAUGAGGGACGGCAGUGCCUAAGGGCAAUACGUGUGGCAUCAAAGGAAGCCUUUGCCCUUUUUCCUACAUGCUGCUUAAGUCAUGAAAAGAAGACUCUACAAGACCCAUUAGAGCAACGGGAGUCUAUCCCAGUCUGGCCUUCAUUGCUCAGACAUCCUCAGGUAGAUAAAACAGCAGACAGUCAGCUGGCAUCACCGGAGAGACCACUGAGCUGCCUUACAUAUUCAUCAUCACCGCCUCAUUUGUAUAUUAGCAUUUCAUUAUUCACCUCACUUGGCUCUAAGCUACUCGCAUUCAUUCAAUACCUUUUUCUCUAAUGUGAUCUGUCACAUUAGCCCAAUCCACAGAGACAAUUUACAAACACAAACACGCAUUCUUCAAAGAAUGUCAUUAUACAAAGUGCUCCCACAACGCUAAUGCGUUCUAGUCUUAGGUUAACCAUCAUUAGUUGACUUCACAGUUAGAAAUACACAGGACGGGUAGACAUUUAUAAUUGGCUUAAUUCAAGGAAACUAAUACGUUUACAGUGUAAAUUAAUCUGAAAUGUAGGAAGUCAUUCAUGAUUCAUUCUUAGGCAUUUUUGUUGUACUGGGAGCAGCAAAAAGAAGUUAUUGUCAGUCUGGACUAUUCGAAAAAAUGCGCGGAAGCUCAGCUGAGAUGAAUAGCAUUUGAGCAGAAUUAUUGUUCAUCAUAAAUGUUGGAUGUGAGUAGCACUAGGGACUGAAACACGGACCAUAGUAUUAAGACACCCUGAAUCUUUUGCAAAAUUUCUCAUCGCUGCGCCAAUUUUGCACCUGGUAUUGAUUUUCUUAUGAUGUAUUAUUUCUCUCCCCCUGUAUUAUCAUGGAGAUGAAAGGUCAGUUUAAUUUAUUGUUUGUUCUUUUGAGUGGCAGGGCAUCUUUUUUUGUUUCUUUUGAAAACAUCAAACUGGACAUGAUGACCUCAUUUACUUUUGGCAAACGUGCUGCAUCAUAUGCAAUUUACAGUAGAUAAAUGUGUCUAUUUUCUAUACUCUGCUAAAAUCACAACAACAAUCAGCUGCCGCCAUGCCUUCCAGUCCAGCUGUUACCAGAAAGUGCCAGUGCUUUUAAAAAAAAAAAUGCCUGCUGUGCAAAGCGUUUGUUGGUGGCAUGUCAGAGGAAGCCGAGCAUACAGCAGCUCGUACUAUGCACAUUUAAAAAGUCUUGAAGGAAAAGAAAGACGUGUCACAACGCACAACGCCAACAACAACAACCCAGCCUCGACCCUCUGGUGCCAUUUCAUGACCUGCCCUCUGAACACGACAACACACGAACGCCUCAGCAAACCACUCUUUGGACAGCUCCUCCUCCCUGUGAGGACGUUCACCGUAUGGAUCUUUUUCUUUCUGGGCAUUCGGUGUCACAGUGACUUUUUAAAUGCUUAAAAGAAUGACAAAUGUCGUUCUGUGAAUAUAUAUGUUGAUUUUCUAAAUUUCAUGCGAAACUCCUGUUUGUGGAGCAGUGCAAAGUGGUCUUUAAAAACAUGCUCUUUUCUGUGCAACAUCAUUUAAAAAGAGAAUAAGCCAUAGGUUUGCCAAGUUGUGUACAUAGAUUUCUGGGGCACGGUUACUUUGUGCAACAUUAAUGAAAAAUAUGAUUCAUCUUCGUGAGCCUUGUGGGACCAACGUCAUCAUCUUUUAUGUACAUAGGCGAGCGUCAUCAAAACUGGUUUGAAGAAAAACAGCUGAUCAAGUUUUUCCAUCUUCCCUUUGAACUGGCAAAACUAAGAAUUCGAGUCCUGUGGAAAGCCGUUUGAGCAUUUCUUUAAAGGCCGUGCUAUCAUUAGUCCACAGCCAGCCAGCUAAUGUGGUUAUUUAAUUUCUAUAGCCGUGAAUGGUUUAGCAAUAAGGCAGAGACAGGAAAAUGGCUCACACGGCCUGCUAUGGAUUCAUGUUUUUGUUCCAACCGAUCUAUUCCAACCAGUGAUCGGAUGCUGGGUUUUGAAUGUGCGCCUGUGAGUGCUUUGUGACCGUGGAGGGGCUCAGUCACACCCGCUGCUCGGUAGGGAAAGAAUCUAGAGUGCCGGAAGUCAAGUCUCCAAAUGCAAGUGGCUACAAUAGAAAAAACCCACCAGAAAUAAGCUUGUUUUUUUUUAACAAAGCAAGAGUCGCUAGGAUGAUUAAGAAAGUCUCUGGUUCAACUCAGAACAUCGGAAUGAAAAUUUUAAAAUGCCUUCCAUGGAUCUAAAUACUACAAGAUCAGCGAUUCUCUCAAUUCACCUUCAGUCAAAAAGGGAUUCAGCCUCAAACUGAGAACCAGAGCGUCUGGGCCAGCUGAGCCACGUCCAUUGCCCAUAGUCCCCCAGAAGCACACAGCGUCCGAUGGUCGGGAUAAACCCAACCUUUAGCCAAUGACUAAUCUUGUUUUACCGAAGUGGAACAAUUUCACUCAACUCUGAAGAUGAACCAUGUCCACACUGCUUCACAGGCCUGUGAAGCAGCGCGAAUGAAUGAAAAGCAAGCCGUUUCAAAAACAGUGAUAAGAAGCUAAUUCUGAACAAUAGUUGAGAGCUUUGUAGUGCAUAUUUAGUUGAUGACAUGUACACACAACAGUAUACAUUUGAUCACUUAUUUUUUGACAUUUUGGGGGAAGCUGAGCUUCCCUUGCAGUUUUAGAGCAAUCACCUCUCGCUCCAACCAAUCCAGCACAGACAGUCAAACGUUGAGGUUUUGCAGAAACCAGAAUCUGACUGUAAUUAACUGAUUACACCAUAAGGCACCAUACACAUACAUACAUUUUCUCCCGCUUAUCCGAGAUAGGAUUGCGGAGGCAGCAGGGAAGCCCAGACUUCCCUCUCCCCAACCACCUCAUUCAGCUCUUCUUGUGGGAUCUAAAGUCGUUCCCAGGCCAGCUGGGAGACAUAGUCACCCCAGCGUGUCCUGGGGUGGCCCUGCAGCCUCCUCCCAGUGGGGCGUGCCCGGAACACCUUACCAGGGAGGCGCCCGGAGGCAUCCUGAUCAGAUGCCCAAGCCACCUCAUCUAGCUCCUUUCGAUGUGGAGGAGCAGUGGCUCUACUCCGAGCCCCUCCUGGAUGACCAAGCUUCUCACCUUAUCGCUAAGGGAGAGCCCGGCCACCCUACGAAUGAAACUCAUUUCGGCCGCUUGUAUCCGAAAUCUUGUUCUUUCAAUCACGACCCACAGCUAGUGACCAUAAAUGAGGGUAGGAACGUAGAUCGACCGAUAAACAGAGAGAUUUGCCUUUCGGCUCAGCUCCCCCUUCACCACGACAGACUGAUGCAGAGUCCGCAUCACUGCAGACGCGGCACCGAUCCGUCCGUCAAUCUCUCGUUCCAUUUUUCCGACACUCAUGAACAAGACCCCGAGAUACUUGAACUCCUCCACUUGGGGAAGGAACUCAUCUCUGACCCGGAGCGGGCAUUCCACCUUUUCCCAACUGAGGACCAUGGUCUCAGAUUUGAAGGUGCUUAUUUUCAUCCCGACCAUGUCACACUCGACUGCAAGCCGUUCCAGUGAGAGUUGAAGGUCACGGCUUGAUAAAGCCAACAACACUACAUCAUUUGCAAAUAGCAGAGAUGCAAUACUGAGGCCACCAAACUGGACCCCAUUAACGCCUCGGCUGCGCCUAGAUAUACUGUCCAUAAACGUUAGGAACAGAACCGUUGACAUAGGGAAGCCCUGGCGGAGUCCAACCCUCACUGGAAACGGAUUUGACUUACAACCGGCUACACCAGGGAUCCCCAACCUUUUUUGCACCACGGACCGGUGUUAUUUGGGUCUUUUUUUUCACGGACCGGUGUUCUGACAAAUUUUGCAACCCAUCAUAAAUUGCAACGAUGAGGUUCUGCGCAUGCGCGUAAUGUUAAUCAUGAUUCCAAAGUAAACACUACAUAUUUUCUUUAAAGAAAAGAAUAUUAACUUGUGUUUGAUUAUGGAAGGACAUGUAGAAAAGUUCUCCUCAGAUACAUCCUGCCAUGUUAGCUGCACACAACAACACCAUACCGCUCUUUCACCAUUAACGACUUCGCCUUGUUGUUAAGCAUUAAUUAAGAAUCCCGCUUCACAAAGAUACGAUGUUGGAAAUUGUAGCAAGGUUUUCAAUGCUCUCGUAGCGAUGUCAGGAUAUUCCGGAAUGACUUUAAUCCAGAACCUCGGUUGAGGUGUUGUUUCAAAUGUACGUUUGUCGCUGUCAUUUGCGAUCUCUACAAGCUGAUCCUCCUGUUGCACAGACAUGCUCGAAUAACUCGGUUUAUUCACAAACAGGUCAUGAAUCCAAUCCUUCGCAGUUCGUGGGUCUUCGAGGUUGUAGGCUCAUCUUCUGGCUCGUCAGGUGCCCUUUUCGCCGUAAAAAAUAUCUCCAAAGACGUCUGUUUUCCAUUUAUCUUCGCUCGUGUGGGGGCUAAUUAUUUCCGGGAACAAAUGUGCUGCGCCCGCGGCCUUGUAAUACGUUAUUAUCGAGGACAAGCGCCCAUAGAUAUAUUAUAUACACAAAACAAGAAGUACUGCUUGCAGUCCAAUCAAUGGAUUUCUAUGACGACAUUCUAAUCUAUCCUGUAGUAUUAUAUCUAGAGUAGACAGGGAUAUUGGUGUGUUAAACAGGGGCACAGGGUUAAUUCGGCCGUAAUGAGGUCAUUAAUAAAUUAUUAUUUCUGUGCGGCCCGGCAGAUGGGGACCCUGGGCUACACGGACCAAACUCUUAAGACCGGUCAUACAGGGACUGGACCCUAUAUCAGGGAUUCCGAUACCCCAUACUCCCGUAGCAACCCCCACAGGACUCCCCGGGGGACACGGUCAAAUGCCUUCUACAAGUCCUUAAAACACAUGUAGAGUGUUUGGGCGAACUCCCAAGAACCCCUGAGAACCCUGCUGAGAGUAUAGAGCUGAUCCACUCAUCCGCAGCCCAGACAAAACCAUAUUGCUCCUCCUGAAUCUGAGAUUCGACUUCUCGACGGGACUUCUCGACGGACCCUCCUCUCCAGUACCCCUAAGUAGACCUUCCCAGGGAGGCUGAGGAGUGUGAUCCCACCAUGAGGCAUCAGAAUUUUGGAAAGGUGUCCUCGUGAUCGGUUGGAAUAAAAUCCUUCACCUACUGCAGUCCUUUGUGGAAUGUUUUCCUACCCCUGCACUAGUUGAUAAAAACAUUAUUAAUAAAACCGUCGUUCUAAUGUACCAAUUUUUUUUAUGAGUGAGGGAAAAUAGAGUAGCUAUGAGUUCAUUGAUGUGAAGUUGAAUAUCAAGAAUACUGCUCAAAUAGCUUUCCAUAGAGACUGAAGGAUGUAGUUCUUUAAGUUUCAUCCAAAUGAAAUCCCCCAAAGCAUGAGCUGAAUCUAAAUUGACGGGAAAAAGUGGAUCCAAGCCAACCCCCUAAAUGUAAAAAUCACUUGGUAGGUGGUGCAUCCAUUUAGUCUAAAUUUGCUUGCAAGAUCUGCAUUCAGAUUGCUUUGCUUUGAGGACACAUUUGCAUAUUGGAAGCCUCGAAGGUGUGAAACCCAUUAAAAAAAAUAACAGAAAGCAUAAAAGCAUACUAAUUUUGAUUACACCUUGUGCAUGUACUGAAAUAGAAAAUUAAAUAUACGCGCUCACUUGAGUACCUCGAGAUUAAGCCCAAUGCAGUAUUAGACAACAAUCAUCAAACGUAUUCUUCCUCAUGAGGUUUUCAAAUUCAUUUUUAUUUCAAGGCUGCAAUAAGUUUGCAAGCGGAUGUCACUAAUUAACUGUCCAGCCAAAAUUCCGUGUAUCACCUGGUAUAACCGUUGGUUUGAGUUUGUGUUUUUUCUGUUGCCAGUAUUGCGUUACUGUACAUUUCAUUCAUUGGAUAAGUUUGCAUUUAUGUCAAAAGCCAUCGUAAUACACAGACCAAAACAUUUAACUCAAUGCAGCUUCUUGCGUUAAUUUUGACCCUCAGUGUUUUCACCGCAUGGCAAUUUGUCGCCAGCGUUUUUCCUAAUAGCUUGGUGACGUAUUGACGUGCUGCUCAUGCGCCUGACAUGCAUUCUAAUUUAAAGCCGAGAGCUGCCAUUGAUGUAAAUAUCCUCACAUCAUUUAAAAUCGAGUCAUUGGGUCAAUGCAAAUCACGUCCGUUAAUUCUCAAUCGAGUAAUUUCAAUGGAUUUUUGUGGGAUGUGCGAACCACCGUCACAGGAUACAGUUUGAGCAUUCUGCUGAAACGGCUUUCCAUACCGUUUUGUUAUCUGCGUUAAAAUUGUUCAUACCUGUUCUCGUUUAUUAUGAAGGAAUGUUUGAAAUCGUUAAAUUCCAAGUGAAGUAGUCGUUCAUCCUGGCCUUUAAAUAAACUCAGAAGGCUUUAAAUCCUUUCCCGUUACAAGAAAUCAAGUGGAUAUUGUUGCUCUAUCAAAACGAACAAGGUUACUGACUCUAGUGAUGGAUUGAUCUGUCUAGGCCUCGAAGGACAAAGUGAUUGGUGGCUUCGGUGGAAUAAUAGCAAAACCCAAGGUGGGACUGUAGCUACGCGGCUUGUUUUACAUUAGUGACGUCAUUUCUCUGGGAUUAUUACAAAACAAAAACAAGAAAACUCAGCAGCACCUCUGGUAUGUCUCAUAUAGACAGCUCUCAUUUUUGUCUUAAAAAGUCACCAGCAGCCUUUCUUUUCCUUUUCAAAGCCCAAGGUGACUUACUGUACACAAACAAAAUAUUAGCGAAAUAUUAGCUUUUUUUCUUCAACUUUUUACAAUCUCGAUGCAUUGUUGCCUUUGUUUAUUCAUUCCAUGCGCUAAAAUCUCAUAGCUACAACGGCCACACUUCACUGCAGCGUGCAGCUCAGCUCAGGUUUCACUUGACUUCAAUAUUCAUUUGUAUUUAAUUCUAAAGUACACUUGGGAAAAAUACAUUUGUACUGUGUAAUUUGACACUCAAAAGGAUGGAAUUUCAAAAUUGUUAUUUUUGUAAUAUACUGUAUAUUAUACAGUUUAUGUGAGCUGUUGUCUGAGCUACUUUCUGCCCCAAGCCUGUCAGGUAUACAUGUAUGCCUUUUCAAGACCAGUAGCAGUUUUCUUACUGUGUGUUGGACAGCUAAAAAAAAAAAAAAAAAACACAAUGAGGGACACCACAAACUAUGCCAGCAGCUCUACCACCUCACACCAUCAACAGCUGUGAAUGUAUCGACCCAGCUUCUGAGAGUGUCUGACCAAUACCAAAGGUCACGACGGCAGCUCGCAAAUAUCUGCAACACAGGUCGUCCUCUCAUUUUUUAUGCAAAAACCGUGAGAGCAUCGUCCGCACAGGUUUUGUCGAUUCGUUGUCUUUGCUUACGCGAUCCACACACUGUGAAGAGGACCAGAGUUGCCCCUAAAAUGGUUCUGGAAACAAGCGUGUUGUAGCCCUCUCCUCACCUACAGGGAUUGAAAUAGUACACUCAAGAAGGCUUGGGUCAUUGAAGUGCUCAGAAAGGUUGCAGUGAAGCUGUUUUGGCAUUAGAAGUAGCAAAAAGCUUUAUUUUGUAUUCUUUUUUUUUUUUUUUUUUCAUUAACGUUUCAAAUCCCAAGACUGCAUGUGAUUGUCCUUUUGUUGAAGUCAUCCAGAAGCUGGUCAUCAUCAUAAUCAAGCUUAACAAAACAGAUCACGUUCUAAAAGAAGAUACCUCCAUUUUAAAGACCAAUGUGUUUUACCUCACUGUAAAUAUAGUCUCUAUUUGUUUACUCCGAUUUGUUUUAUUUCUAUGAAAUGCUUAAGAAAUUAAAGAGAAGUUUUGUUUUCUUUCUUCUGUGGUAGCCUUUUUCUUUAUGUAGGGACAGAACGAUUGCUCUUUGUCAUUCAUCCUCUGUGUAUGAUCUGUUUUGGUAGUGUUGUUCUACGUGAGCUGUACAGUCAAAAGUGCUUUACAGAUGUCAAGCCCCAUUCUGAGCUCUGCUACAAAUGCCUUGUUCAAUAUGCUUUUUGUCUUACAAACAAAAAAAAGAAGUCAAGGUGGUGAGGAGCACUCCUCGCCGCAUGACCUUUCUUGGUUUUCUAAACCUAUUAUCUUGACUUUUUUACAGUGUGUACAGAUGAAUGAGAGAUCAUAGGAACUAGAUGACUGAAACAUGUUAACUUUUAACAUAGCUGGAGUAGAAAAUGGUGUGAAUAAAAAAUGUUUCACUACA